AUUUUUCUUAGCAUGACGUAAGCUUAGUAUGUUAAUUUAUAUUAUUAAAAGCCAAUCUUGGAUAAAGUGUCAGUCGCUCAAACGUCUUUGAGAUGUCAACUCGUGCAAUCAAAUCAUAGCAAAUUAACUUUAAAAUAAGUAAUAAUUUAAUAUUUAGAAAUAAGAAAAUAACCUUAAAUUAUUAAUUUUAGACUAGACAUUAGUGGUUUUUAAAACUUGUGCUGUGAUAUUUUUGUAAUAAGUAAGAUACAAUGCGUUACCUCCUGUUAGCAGUGUGCCUAGGGCUGGCCUGUGCCCAGUCCACGAUCGACCCAUCGGUGCUUGAGGGUAUCUUUGGAACUCCACCGACCCCAAAACCUGUUGGUCCCACUACACCACGUUUCGAAGACAUCACAGUGAAACCGACUGAAGGGACAUCCACGUUUACCGACAAAAAUGGCGAAGUUUGUCAGUGUGUGCCAUACUAUCUAUGUGACUCAAACAACGUAGGUGUAGAUGUUAACAACGCUUCGGUUACCGGCUGGGGCACUUUAGAUAUCAGGUUCGGAGAUGACAAUGACAUAGACAGACAUUGUCAGGAGAGUGUGGAGGUCUGCUGCACCAUCCCCAAGGACACUUCGGAACAGCCAAAACCCAAACCUAAGCCUAAACCUCAGCCAGGGAAAGCUAGGGGAUGCGGUUAUAGGAACCCGAACGGUGUUGGCGGAAUCACCGUUACUGGUGGAAGCGGUGCUGAAUCUCAAUUCGGAGAGUUUCCCUGGGUGGUGGCCAUCCUGGACAGGUACAACUCUUCGUAUGGUGGAGUAGGAGUACUGAUACAUCCACAGGUGGUCAUGACUGGUGCUCAUAUUGCUCAGAGAUAUCCACCUGGAACUUUAAAGAUCAGAGCUGGUGAAUGGGACACGCAGACUAUCAAGGAGAUAUUUCCAUAUGAAGAGAGGAACGUUCAAAACGUCAUCAUCCACGAGAAUUUCAUGCCAAAAAGUUUGAAGAAUGACAUCGCACUGCUUUACCUGGACAGCCCCUUGCCUAUAUCGGAGUACAUCAACGUGAUCUGCAUGCCAGAACAGGACGAGGUCUUCGACAGCCAUAAGAACUGUGUCGCGAAUGGAUGGGGCAAGAGCAACUUUGGUCUUCAAAACCGUUACGCCGUGAUCCUGAAGAAGGUGGAACUCGACAUGGUGCCUUACAGCCGCUGUCAGGCCUUGCUGAGGAGGACUAGACUCGGCCAUAACUUCAAGCUGCAUAACAGCUUCGUAUGUGCAGGAGGAGAAGCUGGCAAGGACACGUGUCAGGGCGACGGUGGCGCUCCUCUAGGAUGUCCUGUUGGGAAUAACAGAUACAAGCUGACUGGUCUAGUAGCCUGGGGCAUAGGCUGUGGACAACAGGAUGUCCCAGCAGUAUACACAAAUGUGCCACUAUUUAUUACUGGGUUGAUGAGAAAAUGGCUCAAUGGGGACUCGAAACGACGUCCUACCGUUAUUCGGAAUAGUAUUAUUACAAAAUUAGUUUUUAAAUCAUUAUUUUUUAAGCUAGACUGGAAAUAAAAAUGUCUUUCGUGAAAGUACUAUUGACGAAAUUGGCGGUACCUAAGGAAAUAAGUUGACGAGUAAUUUGGUUUUUUACAGUACUAUUUAGUGGACAUUUUUGUGAAUAACUUCUGUCUUUCUUCUCAAUAGAUUAAUUCAUAUCAUCUUUCAUAUUUCUUUUGUACCAUCCACAACUAUUUCACAGAAAAUUGUAGUUUCACGUCCAAUGCCCCUGCCCAUUUUAGCUUAAAUUAUAUUACAUUCUCAUAAUAUAAUUGGGUAGUUUCCUAUGUCAAAAAUAAAUAAAUUCGACGUUUUAAUGCGAUAAAAUAUUGAAAAAUAACUAUACUUUUAUUCAUCGAUCGAUCGAUACGCUAAGUUUUAGAUAUUUUUUAGCUAAUAUUU